UAGUGAUGAUCAUGGUGAUGAAGAACACAUGCACUGGUAGCGCAUAUUGCAGCAGACUACACCGAACGGAUACCCUAACGUUACAUGAGAAAAUACCGAGCAGGGGAAUUCUCCAUUUUCUGUUAAAUUAAAAUCCUGGCACGCCAUUCGGCGCAUCCGUCAUCGUCCCCCGCCCUUACGUAAGAAGGGUGGCGAUGACAUGGACCCUAGCGUCGAUAUCUGAUUGCAGGAUCUGUACGGAUGAAAUCCGCAUUGUUGCAAGGUAUAGGUUACUCGCGCUGAAGGGGGGUAGCUCAUUGCAAUAUUAACCAGGCACAACCAGACGGUGCCACUCCGCACGAACUGACAUCUUCGGUAGGGCAAUGUUAAGAGCGAUAUCGUAGCCUGAUUAAAUCGACAGGAAUCCAGUUGAUUGAAGAUAAGGCAUAGCAACCUCACCGUUUCUUGAAAGGAGCCAAGAUGGAUGUUUUAAUGAAGGGAUUGUCGAAGGCAAAAGAGGGGAUGGCUGCAGCCGCGGAAAAGACGAAGGAGGGGGUGGCUGUAGCGGCAGAGAAGACCAAGGAGGGGGUCAUGUUUGUUGGUAGCAAGACCAAAGACAGCGUUGCAACUGUGGCUGAAAAAACAAAGGAGCAAGCCUCGCAGCUAGGUGGCGCUGUCAUGUCUGGGGCUGGGAACAUAGCUGCGGCAACUGGCCUGGUGAAGAAAGAUGAGUUCCCAGAGGACAUGAAGCCUGAGGAGCUUGGCCAGGAACCCGUUGAGGAGCCAAUGGGAGAAGCCCUGCUGCAGCCUGAAGGAGAGGGGUAUGAGGAGGCUCCACAGGAGGAGUACCAGGACUAUGAACCAGAAGCAUAAACCCAUCUAUCGCAACGUUUUUGUCGGACCAACAGCAGCAGCACAAUAAGUAUUCUAAUAAUGAAAGGACAAACCCCUUAACCCUUCACAAUCUCCCCGGUGCAAAAAAGUAAAAAUAAAAAUAAAUAAAUAAAAAUAAUGCCCAAGGAUAUGUUCUUCCUGACAGAAAAAGAAGACUUUUAAUAACCAUAACUAUAUAUAUAUGUAUAUUGUAAAUGUCAUGUUUUUUCUGUAGUGUGUAUUGUGGUUAUUGAUGAAUACCUCUUAAGCCUGGCCUCGUCUCUUUGUUUCCCUCCCAUUGAGAUGAGACCUGUGCUUAGUCAUUUGCUUCUUUGUAUUAAAUGUGCCUGUGGAUGCAGUGUGUGCUGGUGUAGAUGUUUACUACCUGUAGCUUCCAAUAAGAAGUGGGAAAGACAACCUCAAAGAAUCGUAUAUGAGAACAAUAAUCUUAUGUAGCUGUGUACAACGCCUGUUCGUGGGUUUGAUUUUAAAAAUGUAUUUAUUACUGAUAUGAGUUAUUUAUUUGAUACUUCACGUAUUAGGGUUUUCUACAUUGUAUCUUUACAGUCAGUCGGUGGUGAAAUCAUUCCAGUUUAGCAUUUGUCAGAAAUAGUCCAAUAUAUGGUUGAAUAUAUAUAAUAUGUGUGUAUAUGUGUAUACAUAUUGAUUAUGAAAAGGUUUGUCUUAAUGUGUCUUAAAAGAAUAUUGACUGUCAGUUCAAUAUGUGCUAUAAAAAUGCAGGAAUUCUCAAAAUCUGUGUCAAGUGAGACAAACAAAUUCUCUGUAAAUAAACAAAUAAAGGAAGAAAAAAAGUUGUUUAA